CUGGAAGGAGUCAAAGAAAAAACUGACCCCGUGCAGCUAUGGCAACCCCAGCGCUGUAGACUUGAGGAGAGAGACAAACUGAAGCAGGUGUAGCUGUCUGAUGAAAGAAUACCAUGAUAUUUUGUGAUGGCAUUUGCACCCCCCAGAAGCACAGAUGGACCCAAAAUGCAGACAAAGAUGAGCACCUGGACACCUCUAAAUCACCAGCUUUUGAAUGACCAGGUCUUUGAAGAAAGACAAGCUCUGCUGGGAAAAUGGUUUGACAAAUGGACAGACUCUCAAAGGAGAAAAAUCCUCGCUGGCCUGCUGGCACGCUGUUCCCUGUCACAGCAAAAGUUCUGCUGUCGAAAGCUGCAGGAGAAAAUUCCAGCAGAAGCCCUGGAUUUCACUACCACCCUCCCCCGCGUGUUAUCUGUCUACAUCUUUUCCUUUCUAGACCCCCGGAGCCUUUGUCGUUGUGCCCAGGUGAGCUGGCACUGGAAGAACUUAGCGGAGUUGGACCAGCUGUGGAUGCUCAAAUGCUUAAGGUUUAACUGGUGCAUCGGUUUCUCCCCAACUCCCUUUGAGCAGGGGGUGUGGAAGAAGCACUAUAUUCACAUGGUGAGAGAACUUCAUGUCACCAAGCCCAAGACUCCUCCCAAAGAUGGAUUUAUUGUAGCUGAUGUGCGGCCUGUGACGAGCAAUUCUUCAGAAGGAAAGCAUUCUCCCUCAUCAGCCUUCUGGUCCUCCUCCUCUUUAAAAAAGAAGACUAGCCCAGGAGAGAAGGCACUCCCACCUUGGCGAUCCUCUGAUAGACAUCCUACUGAUAUCAUUCGCUUUAAUUAUCUAGACAAUUGUGAUCCUGAGCCUGUCUGGCAAAGACAAAGGAAAAAAAAUGAAGUGACCCCAGACCUCAGCCUACAGACACGUUCUAAGAAAAACCAGCUGCAGGACAGAGCUAGACUAAGAAAAGCACAGUCACUGAUGUCCCUAAGCGGCAGCUCCCCGCUGAAAGUUCCAGCUCAUCUUGCCUGGCUUCCUCAUGCCUCCGUGGGACCCCCGACCCCUGUGACAGCCUGUCAAAUGCCUGUGCAGCACCUACAGAGACUCCCUGAGCUGCAGUCCCGCCCCAUCCGGGCUCCAGAGUAA